AUGACACAAAGGGCGAUUCUAUCCAGUACAAAUGAAAACGUUGAUCUCAUAAACGAAAAAAUGAUUGAUCUUUUUCCGGGUGAAACUAAAGAGUUCCUCAGUUAUGAUAUGGCAAUUGAUGACAUAAAUAAUUACUAUCAACUAGAGUUUCUCAACAUAUUACUUCCAAAUGGAGUUCUACCUCAUCGAUUAGUGUUGAAAAUAAAUUGUCCAAUAAUGCUCUUGAGAAAUCUAGAUCCUUCAAAUGGGCUCUACAAUGGGAGUAGGAUGGUUUGUCGUCAAUUCAGUACACAUGUUAUACAUGCAGAGAUAACUACCGGGCAAUACUCUGGCAAACAUGUAUUCAUGCAGAGAUAA